CUGCUCCUCUCAGAGCCCUGGCUCUGCAGGAUGGGCCUGAGCUCCUCCAAGGCACAGCCCAGGGUGACCAGGGUGGCCCCAGUGCCCAGGCAGGGGGACUGUGCCCACCCAGGGGCUCUGGCUGCCCUGCAGGGGCUGCCCAGAGAGCCAGGCCAGCCCUGGGGAGAGCCCAUCUUCCACCUGGAGCUGCCUCCUCUGCGGGAGCCCCGGCACCAGGGACCCUCUGCAGGGCCCCUCUCGUGGAACACCUUGCCAGGAAAGGAUGGGACCAGCAUCAUCAAGCAGCACCCGCCUCGAAGACCUCAGAGGCUUGAACCUGCCAUCCCUCCACAAGCAAUCACUCCUGUGAAGCCCUGGAGUCAGCCAGAAGUGGCUGCAAGCCCAAAACCAAAGGUGCUGGAGAAAAGGGGGCAAAGCCUGAAUCCCCUCCCUGGCAGGAGGCAGCACUUGCACAAGCUCCAGAUGCUGGACUUGACCCGCAAGCGACGAGAGGCGGAGCUGAAGAGGAAUCUCCACAGGGAGGUGAAAAUCAAUAAGCAAAACAUCAAGGAAUUCAGCCCCAAGGAUGUCCUUGACGCUCCCCACAGAGGUGACAGCACCAGAAGCCCAGACCCCAUCCCUGCUGAGCACAAUCAGCGUUUUCCUGAAGAUGUCCCUGGAAAGACGUGGGGUGGAGGCCUCUCCAGGCAGCCUGGCAGGGCUGAACUCUCUCCAGACCACAGGGGGAAGGUUGACCUGUGGCUCUGCAGGGAGCCACGGACGAGGGAUCUGUUCUGGGACUCCUCCAGCACAGGGUCAGAGGAGUGGGAGAGGGAAGAGAAAAUCCACCACAAACCCACGCUUGUGAGGACCAAGACAGAGAGAGUUUCCCUCUUUGAUGACUUCUAUGACAGGGAUUUCUAGUGGCAUGGUUGGGGUGUGCCAAAGGAACAAACCCCAGAUCUGGAGGGGCUGGAAUCCCCCAGAUGGAUGGGCUGAGGUUGGAGGCACUGCUGGCUGUACGUGGAAUUUCUGUGAGUAUGGGCCAGUGGAAAGGACAUCUGGAAAUGAGGAGCUCAGUGAUGUAGGGUGAAUAAAAUCCCUCUGGGUCGUGUGGCUGAAUCAAAAUAUCUGGGGAAGAAAGCCUUGGAUGGA